AUGGACAACCACGGCGAUAUGUACUACUACUGCACCGGCUGCACCGAUCCUUCCUGCUCCUCAAUCUCAUCAAUGGGCUCGUUUCCACCCGACGAUUUGAGCAGCAGUGAGAUGGUUGAAACAAGGCCGAAGAACCCUCCAGUUUCUUGGAAUCAUUUCCAGGCCGGCUGCAUGGGCGCCGCUGCUAAUCCCUCCUCCUUCUCGCCCUGCGACUUGUUUCCGUUCGACAUGAGCAGUGGCGAGACUAUUGGUGCGGAAACGAGUCCUCGGCCCAAGAAGCGAGCAGCCUCGGCUGCGCCAUCGUACAUCGGCGUGCGCGCGCGGCCGUGGGGUCGGUUCGCGGCGGAGAUCCGGGACUCGACGCGGGGCGGCGUGCGUGUCUGGCUGGGCACCUUCGGCACCGCCGAGGCCGCCGCCAUGGCCUAUGACCAGGCGGCCCUGUCCUCGCGCGGCACGGCCACGGCGCUCAACUUCCCUCUGAAGCGCGUCCAGGAGUCGCUCUGCGCCCUCGACGCCACGUCCACGGGCAUGGACGGAUCGCCCGUUCUGGCGCUCAAACGGCGCCACUCCAAAAGACGGAGGCGCAACAAAGCCGAGAUAGCCAACGACGCGGCGACGGUCAGGAUGAGCAAGAACAAGACGAUGGCCAUGCAAGAGCGGUCCGUCGUGGAGCUGGAGGACCUCGGCGCCGACUACCUGGACGAGCUUCUCAGGAUUACGUGUGGUACAGCUUACUAG